UUAGAUAGAACGGCGGAAGGUCGCGGUACGUCAUCGUGCAUUUCAACUCGCAUCCUCAUUUGUCCUCAUCGUCCCAUACGAGUUUUUGACGCGAGCGUGUUUCUUCGAGAGUGUCGUGGAGUGCCGAAAGCGAAAUGUCGGCCGUUCAUGCCCGACAUUCGUCGUGUCGAAUGCAUAGUGUGAAGUCGUAUCGCGUUCAAUCGGUUCGUUUUUUCUCCGUUGUCCCGUAUCUCGAAUUUCCGACACACGUGAGUACCAAGUGUGAAUCAAGGACGAAUCGUCGUGAGGAGGUUCUUAAUUGAUCCUUCGUGUCGCUCAGAUGGCAUCAGUCGAUCGGCCGAGUCGGUAUGAAGUCGUGUCGAGCGUUCAAUCACGUUUUCUCCGUUGCCCUGUAUCCCGUAUCUCAAGUUUUCGACGCCGCGGGCUUGAGUACCAAGAGUGACUAAGAGUGUCGGAAGCGAGUAUCGUGCAUUCGUGCCAAGUGUGAAUCAAGAGAAGGAUCGUCAGGAAGAGGAUCUCGGAUCAGAGAACGUUCGAGAGCUACGGCCGAGACGGAGCUGGACGAAUAAACGACCAGCGGCGAAUGAUUGUUUAACUUUUGUUGGUCUACUUAUUUAAUCUUCAAACAGAAUGCCAGUAGAACAGAUUCAGUACUCUGAAAAAUACAGUGAUGAUAGAUAUGAAUACAGGCAUGUGAUACUGCCGGUUGAUAUAGCCAGACACGUUCCAAAGACUCAUCUUAUGACGGAAACGGAAUGGAGAAAUUUGGGUGUCCAACAGAGUCCUGGAUGGGUUCAUUAUAUGAUGCAUGGGCCAGAGCCACAUGUUCUAUUAUUUCGCAGAAUGAGAACUGAUCUUGUGACAGCACCUAGAUGCACCGCUAUACAGAGAGAACAGGCUAUCGCUUGUUAUAAUUGAAUCCGAUGUGAUAAUUGAUUGUAAGGUGAUAUGAAUGCAAAUGAGAUGUAUGUUGAUAUAAAAUAAUAUUUUGCUACGUUUAUAAGUAUUUAUUAAUAGCAAAACGAAAAAAAGUUUUUAAUAUGAGACUGAAA